AUCGACGACUGCCGGCGCCCCCCGCCGCCGACGAGCAGCCGCCGAGCGGCGCCGCUCGUUUUGCGGUUUUUCGUCUCGUUCGAAGCGUUGGAGUCGAAGUGAGGUGUUGGUAUCUGGCUGAGCCGGGUUGGAUCUUUUUCGUAAACCUCUUCUUUAUCAUUUGACGAGAGAGUUAUCUACGGAUCCGAAACGAUUCUUUGUUUGGGAGGUAGAAGCAAUGAAUUGGAUUCAACGUAAGAUCUACCUUUACAAUGUCACCUUUGGGCUCUUCAUGUUGGAUUGGUGGGAACGCUAUUUGUUCAAUACUCUGGUAAUUGUCUUGAUGUGGUUUGUUCUUUACAACACUUCACGUUAUGUAACUACGUUCUGCAAAAGCAUAUAUGGUGAAGCGCAUCAAUUUGAGGGAACUAAUUGGGCAUGGCAGUUUGAAAGAACUGAUCAACACCAUAGGACAUGAUGGCUCUCUGUUUCAUACUUAGGCUUGGGAACUAUUUUGUUGAGGUGCGCAUGCAUCUCGUGCACCUAUCUAGCGAGAAUUUUGUAAUUGCGGUCUGAUUGUCAAUGGUUUUAUCGGAUAGGGACCAGUCCCUGGCAUGUGAAGUUUAAAUGAUCUGCAUUACCUGCAAGACAUUUUCACGGCUAGUCCCGGAUGCCUUGCCUUGUCCUCUCCUCGAGUAUUGUUAUUCUUUUUGUAUUUUCACCUUGACCAUUCUUUGUGUACCACUACUCCUUUCAAACAAGCUUAGAACAUUGACAUUUUGAAAGCUGUGCUGUCAAAUUCACCUGAAAGCGAAAAAUACAGUAAUUUUGAUUGGAUCGAAAA